CAAUCUCAGUUUCAAUCACACAAUGUUUCUCACGCGAAUAUCAGCGGGCGGUUCCAUAGUGAUAAGAGCUGCGGCACCGGACAAAGACGCUGGUUUUCCCCUCCAGUUGCAGAAGAGGGAGCGUCCAGAUCCGGGGAAGGACCGAUCAUAAACUCGCGUCAUGGCUCAGAAGACAGUGCUGAUUGUGUACGCCCAUCAGAGUGGGGGGUCCUUUAACUCGGCAGCGAAGGAUGUUGCCGUGGAAACCCUCAGACAGCAGGGCUACAAGGUUGUUGUGUCUGACCUUUACGCCAUGAACUUCAGAGCCUCCGCCACAAUGGAGGAUAUCACAGGUGAGGUGAAGAACCCCGAGCACUUCAAGUACGGAGAGGAGACCAUGCAUGCCUGGAAGGAGGGUCGACUCAGUGAUGACAUCAUAGCUGAGCAGCGGAAAGUGGAGGCGGCGGAGCUCGUCAUCUUCCAGUUCCCUAUGUACUGGUUCAGCGUUCCAGCCAUCAUGAAGGGCUGGAUAGACAGAGUCCUGACUCAAGGCUUUGCCUUCUCGCUGCAGAAGAUGUACAGCAAUGGAAUAUUCAAGGACAAGAAAGCCAUGUUGUCGUUCAGCACUGGGUCUAUGCAGACUAUGUACCGCCCUGACGGCCUCAACGGAGACAUUAACGUCACACUGUGGCCCCUACAGAACGGCGUGCUUCACUUCUGUGGGUUCCAGGUGCUAGCCCCCCAGGUGUUCUGGUGUCCGGGACACAGCCCCCCCGCGAAUCGGACAGCCAUGCUGGAUGGCUGGAGGGCCAGGCUGAAGACCCUGCUGGUCGAGCGACCCCUGACCUUUGCCCCCAGCGAGAUGUUUGACCUGACCUUCCCCGGGGGCUUCGUGCUGCGGCCGGAGGUCAGGAAGGAGCAGAGCACCCGCCCCCACGGCAUCACCACCGGACACCACCUGGGGAAACCCCUCCCCCCUGACAACCAGCUGAAGGCUGAUGACCCCUCCCCCUGACAACCAGCUGAAGGCUGAUGACCCCCCCCCCUGACAAAAACUGCUUAUUUGUAACCAGUUUAUAAUAGCAAUAAGACACCUCGGGGGGGGGGGGGGGUUGUGGUAAAUGACCAAUAUUCCACGGCUAAAGGCUGUAUCCAGGCACUCCGCGUUGCGUCGUGGUUAAGAACAGCCCUUAGCCGUCGUAAAUUGGCCAUAAACCACAUCCCCCCCCUCGCGCCUUAUUGCUUAAGUAUAACAUUGGAUGGUCAGUUAUUAUGGUCAAGUCAAAUUGACAGAGUUGUUGUGAAGAUGGGGAGAGGUAUGUCUGUUAUAAAUAAAAAGAUGUUCUGCUUUUUUGAAACAUCAAUAAACUGCACUAGUUGUUCAGACUCUG